CACGGGUUUCGUAGAAGUCGCACACGUGUAGAGUGAACAGUGUUCCAACAGUGUAGGUUAUAUUUUUAAGAUUUUAUUUUAAAAAUAUACAAAAUGAUAGAUAAAAAAGACAAUAAUAACCUGAGUGGUUACAAAUCUAUGUGGAUUCAUUUUAAUAAUGAAAACGUGGAUAGGCAUCAAUUGUUUUUAAAAAAACAUUGGAUAAAAAAGCAAGAACCUGAAUAUCCAAGAGGCAGAACUUUGUUUUUAUUGAAUGUACCACCGUAUGCUACAACAGAUUCAUUGAAGAAUGCAUUUACAAAACUUUGUGGUGAAGUAUUAUCUGUUGUGUUUACAACACCGGUUGGAUUUAAAACAGCUUAUAUAGUUUUUGAGAAUGAAUCUAGUUUAGAUAAGGCACUGCGUAUACCAAGUGAUCAUGCGAUAUGUUUAAGCACAGAAGAAGAAACAUAUUUAACAGGUUACGAAAAAUGGUGUACCGAAUACAAUGAUUCUUUACAAUCUGAAAAAGAUCUAAAGAAAGAGAUAUGUAAAUAUAUGUCUAUGUAUGAUCAGAGAAUCGCAGAUCGUAUUGCUCGUCAAAAAUCUGCGGAGGAAGCAGAAGAGGAUGGAUGGGUGACUGUUACGAGUCGAAAGAAAAGGGGAAAAUUUGCUACUAGUAGAAAAGAAUCUACUAUAAACAAGAUAAGAACUAAUAUAGAAUUAAAAAACCGCAAGAAACAAUUGCUUAACUUUUAUACAUUUCAAAUUCGUGAAUCGAAGAAACAACAUCUGGCGGAAUUACGAAAGAAAUUCGAAUUAGAUAAGAAAAAAUUACAGGAACUUAAAAAAAGACGAACUUUUAAGCCAUUCUAAAUGAAUAAAAGUAAAUAUUCAUUUUCAUCAAUAUAGCGAUUAAUGAUAAAAAUAAUUAUAUUCGUAUAGAAAUACAAUAAUUAUAAUUUAUUUAGGUACUAAAUCAUCGAAUAUUUAUCCUCCAGAUUAUUUAUUUUAAUAAAAUACUUUUUUUAGACAA